AUGAAGAUGGAAAAAGAUGUGGAAGCAUUGCGCCCCCAGCGCAUUCCUUAUUGGCAGAUUAUGACUGACCAGAGUGUGGUCACACCGGAAAUCAUAGGCUAUCCGUAUGCGGGGUCAGGGACAGAAGAAAGCCCCUAUAUAGUCGAAUGGAUUCCUAAAGAUCCGCGCAACCCGAUGAACUUCCCUACACGGCAGAAAUGGGUGUAUACUGUGUCAGUUGCUUUCGCCACCAUGGCUGUCUCAUUGGCGUCCUCCGCGUACGCGGGGGGAAUUGGUGAGGUGCUGGCGGAUCUGGAUGUGAGCCAGGAGGUUGCAACGUUGGGUGUAUCCUUGUUUGUGCUCGGAUUUGCAGUCGGCCCCUUGCUAUGGGCGCCACUCAGCGAGCUCAUCGGCCGCCAGCUUGUGUUUCUGGUUACUUUUUUCUCACUCUCUGCAUUUUGCGCAGGCGCAGCGGCGUCACAAAAUAUCUGGACCUUGAUUAUUCUCCGAUUUCUUGCAGCAUCCUUUGGUUCCUCGCCUCUUACAAAUGCUGGCGGUGUCAUUGCUGACAUCUUCCCUGCGGACCAGCGCGGUUUGGCGACCAGCCUUUUCGCCGGUGCACCAUUUCUGGGUCCAUCUCUUGGUCCUGUUAUUGGCGGCUUCCUCGGUGAGAAUGCUGGCUGGCGAUGGGUGCAGGGCUUUCUUGCCGUAUUCACGGGACUGAUCUGGAUGGCCGAAGGCCUCAUUAUUCCUGAGACAUAUGCACCACUGCUGUUAAGAAAGCGUGCUGAGCGCCUUUCGGCUAUCACAGGCAAAGUCUACCGCAGUAAGCUGGAAGCUGAGCGUGGCAAGGUGCCCGUUAGUGACAUGUUUAGGGCCGCGCUUGGUCGGCCCUGGAUUUUGUUAUUUGCCGAGCCCAUCGUCCUAUUACUUUCGCUUUACAUGGCCAUUAUCUACGGAACGCUCUAUAUGCUCUUCGAUGCGUUCCCUAUUAUCUUUCAAGAUAUCCGUGGCUGGAGUGAGGGAAUUGCCAGCUUACCGUUCCUGGCUGUGAUGAUCGGAAUGAUGAUAGCUGUCGGGAUCAACAUGUAUGACAACAAGCGUUAUGUGCGUAUCCACAAGCAGCAUAAUGGAUUCGCACCACCAGAAGCACGCCUUCCGCCGACUAUGUGGGGCGGACUUGCCAUCCCAAUUGGGUUAUUCUGGUUUGCAUGGACCAACUAUCCGUCUAACCCGUGGAUUGUCAGCGUCCUGGCGACAGCGCCUUUUGGAUUUGGCAUGGUUCUAGUGUUCUUAGGAAUCAUGAACUAUCUGAUCGACGCUUACACUAUCUAUGCGGCAUCAGUUCUCGCCGCUAAUUCGAUUAUUCGAUCAUGCUUCGGUGCCGUAUUCCCGCUUUUCACGACGUACAUGUACCAAAAUCUUGGGAUACAUUGGGCAUCGUGCAUUCCAGCGUUCCUUGCCGUUGCUUGUGUGCCAUUUCCCUUCUUCUUUUAUCGAUAUGGCCAUGUUGUACGCCGUAAAUGCAAGUACGCUGCUGAGGCAGACGACUUCAUACGCUCGCUUGCCCAGAAGGCCCGCGACCCUAACUUUGAUGACGACAAGGAGGCUGAAUCUGAAGCUGAGGUGCUUGCCAAUCAAGGAGCUGUCCCAGACACUCUUAACACUGCAGACGAGGAUGCAUUUAGUUCUCGUUCAUCCCUGGAACGCACUGAGACGGCCUAUGAUGCCAAUCCUUUCGAUAUUGAUCACGUCAACACGCGCAACUCGGCAAUCACGCAGCGGUCGCGUUCAACCAAAGGUCGCCGGCAUGGUUUUUUUGGCCUGGGACGGAAGUGA